AUGACGAUUAACCACGAAUUAUACAUAGCAAUGGCAUCCAAAUCUACCACCCGAUCACUUCGAUCCCUUACCCGGCAAGCACGUCAAAGAUGCUCAUGCGCCACUCCCAUAUCCUCCCGCUCAAAUACCGUCCGACAAUUUUCAAUAUCAGCCUCGAGAUCAGAUACCCAAUAUAAUGAAGAACGAGGGGCAAGACCAAGAUGGUCAUACACACCACCACAGAUGAAAUUACCAUUCAAUCCGAGAGAAAACCGCGACAUACCCAGAUGGGAAGUCAAUAGCGAUCCAGAAAGACUAAACCGAUUUUAUAUCCAAUUUCUUGGACGGGGAGGCGAUGAAGUACUUACAGACGAAGUAAAAUGGCUUGCGAUUACACAUAAGAGUUUUGAUCAAGGAAGAAGAGGAUUCAAUGAUCGAUUGGCAUAUUUCGGACGUAGGAUAUUGAACUUACAGACAAGUUUGGUUUUAUUACAAUCGCCGGUUGCGACAAAAGCUCAAUUACCUCAGGAAACAGACGACCAGGAAACAGAAGUUGAGGAGCCAUUUUCACACCCUGCUCUGGACGGUUUGCCAAACUUGACCAAUGUCAAGGUGGAUGAUAUUUUAAGCAAGGAGAGAUUGGCGAAUUUAGCUACUCGGAUAGGCAUGCCAGAUAUCAUUCGAUGGGAACCUAGAAUGAAGGAUGAUCUCGAGAAGUCUGGUCAUGAGCUUGUAUUAGCCACUUCAUUGUACGCUAUCAUUGGAGCAAUCGCAUUACAGAAGGGUGGUGAUGUUGCAACAAGAGUGGCGCGGGAGAGAAUAUUGAAGCCCCUUGGUAUAUCAUAGAUGUGUAUAUCACAUGUAUGGAUGACACGGAUGUAGAAUACACAUUGUAAAAUACUUACUAAAAACUCACAAGCUGUGAGUAACAUAUCAUUGACAGUGCAUCUGUGGGAGCAGGGACACAUAACAGUGGGUGUACAAAUGCAUCGAAUACUCUUUCGACCUCCAGAAAUCUCAAUCAAAUCAAAUUUCAAAUCAUUGAUCUC